AUGACGAGCCAAGAAGAAAGCCAAAUGGUUUCUGAUGGAAUUGUCAAGUGGCGCAGAAAACUGCCUGAAGUCGAUUCGGCUGUGGCUAACGAAAAAUUUGAGAGGCUGAUGGAGAGAAAUAGGAAUUGGGUGGAGCAGAGAAAAAUUAGCUUUCAACAAAACGAGAACCACCGUUAUUUUCAAGUUCAUUUAGACGAGAAAAGAAACAUUUUCGGACAACAAAAAAGUUUUUCUUACGAAUCCGAACAUUAUCCGAAAAUGAGACAAAUAAAUAUUCGACCCACUGAAGCACAAGCAGCUUCUCACAAAAAGCCUACGCUGGUCGACAGAAGAGUCAUGUUGAUUGAAAACAAGCGAAAAAGUUACUCCUUAGACGAGAAUGUUCCAGCAAACUGCACCACACAAACGAAUAAUUUAUGCGAAAGUCGAUCUAGAGGCAGGGACGAACCUAACAGACCAAUUAACACCGCAUACAAUCCACCCUCAGCCCGAGAUACACCCAUUCAAAGCCGUUACAAUUAUUCUCAAGAAGUAAAUAUUGAUAGACGAUAUUCAGAAGCCAUUAAGAACAUAGAACCUCCGCUCUAUGCGAAGUCACCAACACAAAAUGUGAUUCAACGAUCCACCGCAGCUGAGAAGCAACGCCAUUCAAUGGUCAAACCGCAGAACAAAAGACUCGUCAUGCUUCACGAUAUGAAGGCAUUGAACGACAAUGACGACAACCUUAACGGAAACCAAUUUAAAUCUGAAAUAAUAAAAACUCGAGAAGAAUUAAUUGCAGAAAAAAAUAAAAUGUUGAAAAAGCGUAUCAGUUGUAGGCUACCGCUGAGCAAACUUUUAUCGAAAUUUAGAAUGGAACGUGUUAAAAAAUAA